AUGGGUCUUGGCAUCAACAAGCCGGCGGACGUGCCUGGUAAAACAUGGCCUGCUAUUGUGAUUGGUCUUUUUGUGGCCUUUGGUGGAGUGCUUUUCGGUUAUGAUACGGGCACCAUCUCAGGCAUCUUGGCGAUGCCUUACUGGAUCGAAGAAUUCCGCACCGGUGACAAUGAGGGCAUCACGUCUUCUCAGGACUCGUUGAUCGUCUCUAUCCUCUCGGCUGGUACCUUCUUUGGAGCUCUGACAGCUGCACCUGUGGCAGAUCUGAUCGGACGUCGACUCGGUCUGAUGUUCUCUGCUGGAAUCGUCUUCAACUUGGGCGUAAUCCUUCAGACCAUCUCCACCGAUCAACCACUACUCAUUGCGGGACGAUUCUUUGCAGGUUUUGGCGUCGGUCUCUUAUCUGCCAUGGUUCCUCUAUAUCAAUCGGAAACUGCUCCAGCGUGGAUCAGAGGUACCAUCGUUGGUGCUUACCAAUGGGCAAUCACCAUCGGUCUCUUCCUCGCCGCCAUUGUAAACUACUCCACCAAGGAUCGCAACGACUCGGGAAGCUACCGCAUCCCCAUCGCGGUGCAGUUUGCAUGGAGCAUCAUCGUCGUCACCGGAAUGAUUUUCUUGCCAGAGACACCACGUUUCUUAAUCAAACAGGAUAAACACGACAAAGCCGUUGCUUCGCUUUCCAAGCUGCGACGACUACCCGGAGACCACCCCGCCCUCAUCGAGGAACUCGCUGAGAUUCAGGCCAACCACACGUAUGAGUUGAGCCUGGGCAAAGCUUCCUACAUUGACUGCUUCAAAGGCUCCAUCGGCAAACGUCUCGCGACAGGAUGUGCAUUGCAAGGACUCCAACAACUCAGCGGUGUCAAUUUCAUCUUCUACUACGGAACGCAAUACUUCGAAAACGCCGGAUUCGAAGCUGGUGGAUUCACCAUUCAAGUCAUCACCAACGUCGUCAACGUCGUCUCCACUCUCCCCGGUCUCUAUCUCGUCGAGAAAAUGGGCCGUCGCGGUUUACUCUUGUUCGGAGCCAUUGGAAUGUGCACUGCGCAAUUUAUUGUCGCCAUUACGGGGACGGCGGCUUCGGCGGAUAAUAUUGCUGCACAGCGUGCUGCGAUUGCUUUUGUUUGUAUUUACAUCUUCUUCUUCGCCUGUUCGUGGGGACCGGUGGCGUGGGUCGUUACAGGUGAAUUGUACUCAUUGAAUGUCCGAGCAAAGUGUUUGUCUAUGACUACUGCGACGAAUUGGUUACUCAACUUUGCAAUUGCGUAUUCGACACCAUACAUGGUCAACGAAGAACACGCAAAUCUCCAAUCCAAAGUCUUCUUCAUCUGGGGCAGUUUCUGCUUCGUCUGCAUCGCAUUCGUCUGGUUCUUCAUCUACGAAACCAAAGGCCUCUCCCUCGAACAAGUCGACGAGCUGUACAGUCGAGUCGACAAAGCCUGGCUCAGCACCAAAUUCCGCCCCGAAGUCAGUUUUUUGGAAGUCGAUGCUUUGCAGAAAUCGGGGAGAAAUGUGAGUAUUACGGAAGUCGCCGAUGAGAGUGCUAGGAAGAAGAGUGUGACGCAUGUUGAGGCCGAUGGGGCUGUGAAGGAGGGGUGA